AGUAAUGUUGUGUUUACGUGUUUAAGUGGUUGCACGGUCCGUCGUCCAUCGAAAAUUGCGUUUUUAACUAUUUUAAAAUUGCAGCAGCUGCUUAGGACUACUAAAAGGACGAUCUAAUCGACAUAAAAAACAAAAAAACAGAUGAACGAGUGAAAAGAUGAGAAGGAUGUCCCACUAAUACAAGUACAUACAGUUUGGAAGGCAGAAAAAUUUUGCUCUCUGUCUGUCCCUCUUUUUCUGUCGCUCUCGUUCGGUGUUCUCUCUCUGUGGCCAUCUCGCUCACUUGUUCGUAUAGGAAAAGCAAUAUCGAAAGAAAAAAAAAAAAAACUCUCACCCCCAAUAACAGUAGCAAAAUAAACACAGAUAAGAGAACAGGCGGAAUAAACGAAUUGAAAAAGCAGGUGGCAAGGGAAAAUCAUGUCCGAUAUCAUGAACAUCGACAGCAUUAUCUCCCGUCUGCUGGAGGUGCGCGGAGCACGUCCUGGUAAAAAUGUGCAACUGUCAGAGAGCGAAAUACGCAGUUUAUGCUUAAAAUCUCGCGAAAUAUUUCUGUCACAACCCAUUCUAUUGGAACUGGAGGCUCCAUUAAAGAUAUGUGGUGACAUCCAUGGACAAUAUUAUGAUCUCUUACGUCUAUUCGAGUAUGGCGGUUUCCCACCAGAAUCCAAUUAUCUAUUUUUAGGAGAUUAUGUGGAUCGUGGCAAGCAAUCUCUGGAAACAAUUUGCCUACUUCUGGCCUAUAAAAUCAAAUAUUCCGAAAAUUUCUUUUUGCUGCGCGGCAAUCAUGAGUGCGCCAGCAUUAAUCGCAUCUACGGGUUCUAUGAUGAAUGCAAACGUCGUUACACCAUUAAAUUGUGGAAAACGUUUACGGAUUGUUUUAAUUGUCUGCCCGUUGCAGCAAUUGUCGACGAGAAGAUCUUUUGCUGUCACGGUGGCUUAAGCCCGGAUCUCUCGUCGAUGGAGCAAAUUAGACGCAUUAUGCGUCCCACAGAUGUACCCGAUCAGGGUCUGUUGUGUGAUCUGUUGUGGUCAGAUCCCGACAAGGAUACAAUGGGUUGGGGCGAAAAUGAUCGUGGUGUAAGCUUUACAUUUGGAGCAGAGGUUGUGGGUAAAUUUCUACAAAAGCACGAAUUUGAUCUUAUCUGUCGUGCACAUCAGGUUGUUGAAGAUGGUUACGAGUUCUUUGCCAAACGUCAGUUAGUUACGCUAUUCUCAGCGCCCAACUAUUGCGGAGAAUUUGACAAUGCGGGUGCCAUGAUGUCCGUGGACGACACAUUAAUGUGCUCAUUUCAGAUAUUGAAACCCGCCGAUAAGCGACGAUUUGUAUAUCCCAAUUUCGGUAGCUCAGGGCGUCCAUUAACUCCGCCCCGAGGUGCCAACAAUAAAAACAAGAAAAAAUAAACCGUUAAAAACGCACAACAGCAAAAUAACAGCUAAUACUAAACGGCCACAUACACACAAAAACACACACACAUACACAAAUGAAAAACCAAUUGAAAAGCGCAUAAAAGAAUAACUGAGUAAUGAAA